AUGAGGUUGUAGAGAAGGCUAUUCCAGUUUAUGAUUGAACUCGUAAAUGUUUAACGCCUUGAACAAACACAGCCGCCUCAGUUAAUCAGUUUGCACGCGUUUUUGUAACCUUAUCCUUAUGCUUCAUCUAGUAAGACUUUAACAUGUUAAAUCUCAGAGGGUCACGUUUUAGAAGUGGAACCAUUUGGUUGAAGAUCAUUCCAGGAAAAGUUAUUGCGGUUUUAGGAGAUUUUAAAAGCACAGUAUCCUUUAAUAAUCCCCCUGUAGACUGUACCACAGAUUUUGUCUUACAAUAAAAUAUGCCAUUUACGAGAAUUUUAAAACAAUCUGCUGUAAUUUUUCCAGUCGUCAUGAUAAAACAAGAUUAGUACAAGACGGAAAAAUUAAUGUUUCUUAGAAUUUUCGAAGAUGAAGCAAUAUCAACUAAAUAUGGAACCAGUCUAAUCCAGCAUUGUAAGGCAAAGUCUCACCCUCACCCCAGAGGGAGCAAUCCACCAAUUUUUGAGAUACUCCCAGAAGGAGCUGGAGGAUGUUGUUGUGAAUAGUGUUUUCCGAGUCUCCAUCCUGCCCCUGUGAUCCCAUCUCAGAUAUGUGGAAGAUGAAGGAUUGAGGUCCAGCCUUUUUUUGAUCCACCUCCAUUUUUCAGACACUGUAAGUAUUUUUGCAGCUGGUUCUUAACAGAACCACUCCUAGAAUGUUUUGUAAGAAGUGGCCAAAUGGGGGCCAGUAACAAUAAUAUUGUAGUAAGAAACCAAAACUGAAAGAUAAAACAGGAUACACCUACGCAAAUACACAGUGGGCCAAAAUCAGAAGCCUGGACAAAGUUGAUGACCAGCCUUGAUAUUAAUGUGAAAAUUUUUUAUCAUACUUAUUUGUUAUGUGUACAUUGGCUCCGCACACAAGACCAACUAUCUAUUCUUCAGCUUUGUGGACAGAUAUUGUAUUUCUCACCUGUCUAGAAAGCUUCUGUGUACCUUUCAUUUGGCUGUUUUUCAGAAGGAUGAUGUAACUGAAACGUGGAGGUAUGUAGUUUUAGUGGUGGAUGUUCUGUUCACCAGCACGCCAACUACAGUAGAACUUUGAGCGAAAUAUAUUUAUACUGUGGAGAUAAUUUUGCUCGCAUUCCUGCAUAUGACAUACUGUUUGUGUUUUAACCAUCUUUUUAAUCCUACAUAAAAUAUACAAUGGGAGUUUAAAAUACUCUUAGCUCCCAUGCUUUUUCACCUAAAUAUUCAGGUAUCAUUUGAGAUUUUGCAGUGUAACAGAAUAGUUGGCUUUCAAAAAGAGGCACUAUCAAAGAAAAAAAUAGAAAGUAUAUUUGUGUGCACCUUAAAUAACAUUGCAACUCAUUCUUUUUCUCUUAAAUGAAUCCAUAAAAACAUUAUUCUAUGAUUGCCAGGCUCUGAGAAGACUAUUACAGAGAGAGGCCAUUGUUCCCCCUGAAAUUCCCCAAGUGGCGCCAUUGCUGCCAAAAAGAAAUAAUGCCUCUUUUAAAACAGAAAGCUAUGCAAUAGCUCAUUUGGAGCGUUCUUCCAUAUAUUAACAAAAUCUCAGGGUGAUAAGACAAUAGUAGGGAUAUUUGAAGAAAUAUAGUUGCUAUUCACCAAUUUAACGAACUAUUAUUCUCUGUAUUAAUCAGAGGUCCCCAAAUCCCUGCCCCUGUUCAAGGCUACCAUCCUCCUACUUGUAGACACAUCCACUCUCCAACACACCUGAAUGAAAUGAGUGGCUCGUUCCCAGGCCUAUGCAAAGCCAAAAAUAUGCUGAUUAGUAAAUUAGGUCACCUUGAAUUAUUGACAUGAAUGCAUGUAAUUCUUUGGCAGCGGUGCAAGAUCAACAUUGACUCUGGCUGUCAAUCCUAUUUUGAGAACUGUCAGCCACCCAAAGCCAGAUUUACUCAGCUGAGCUCACUGAGCUUUUAUAGCCUUAUUACAAACAGCAGAGGUUCCUCUGAAAGCUGCCAUGAAUACUUCAACACUAGAGUCAGGGGUCUUCAAUUCUUACCAACCUGGGACCCUAAAACUGAUGGAGAGCCUGAGCAAGGGCCCGUGUCUGUCUGUGUCUUUUUAUAAUAAACUAGAGUUAGAAAUAUAUAAAAUGUGCAUUACUUCUGGGCAUUUAAUACAAAUAACAUAACUUCUUUACUUCCUGUUUUCAUAGUUAAAUAUAAGUUUGAAUACAAACAUGAUUGUUUAAUAACGCCACUGCCAUUAACAAAUUGUCUUGUUUUGAACAUCAUGCAGAACUUUUAACUUAGUAAAUGGAUUUUUGCUUACAGCAUGUGUGGAUUUCUGACUGAAAUACAUUUUCAUGUCUGAUUUUAACUACAUGUCAGUCAUGACAUAUGAAUUUUGAAAACAAUUAAAUAAAGUAAUGUCUAAUCAGAAAUUUCACGACCCCUGUAGGGCUUAUGACCCCUAUGUUGAUAUAAAUUGUUUUGUUACUAAUUGCAACCUCAUCCUCUUAGUUCAUGUUUUUUCCAUUCAAUGCUUUUCAAAAGUAUUUGUAACCUUUGAACUUUUUGAUUUUUUGUCACAUUACAGCGAUAGACCUCAUGCAUAAUUGUGAGGAGAGAGGAAAAUGACACUUUGUUUUAUUCAAAUAAAUUUUUAUUCAACCCACUUGAGACAAUACUAUAUAGAAAUAUCUCUCUCUGCAAUUCCUCCAAGAAAGUCUCCAUCUAGUUGCAUCUAGGAACUGCAUUUGUUGCUGUUUCUUCUUUGCAAAAUAUCCAGUUUGUUAACCAGAUUUUUGUCUGGACUUUGACUAGACCAAUAAGACACUGAAUCUUGCUGCCAAACUAGAGGAAGGUUCUCGCUCUCUCAGUCUCCUCUCUCUUUCUCUCUCUCCCACAAUGCAAUUACGUUACGCCAGAUAAUGACAUUUAUUUCCGCUUUUGUUUUUGACCUAAUGUCCUGAGGUUCUUGGAAGCCUCAGCACUUAUCCAAUUAAAGCGUUAUCUCUCCUUUGGGCUUAAAGAUUAAGCGUAAACUCUGCGAUGGGAAUCAGACAGAAAUCACAGGUGCCAUCUUCUCCGAGCAUUGGUUUCACCGCCACUCCUCUGUGGGAUCUGUGUCCAAAACAAAAAUCACAAUCCUAAAAAGGAGUGAUGGGCUCCUACAGCUCAAACCUGGAUGAUAUCUUGGAGGAGGACAUGCAUCACUGGUACACAAAGUUCAUGAGGGAAUCUCCCUCAGGACUAAUCACUCUGUUUGAGCUGAAGACAAUGCUUGACAUGAACGGCAUGACAGAAGAGGCCAACAGUUAUGUGGACCAGGUGUUCUAUACCUUUGAUAUGGACGGGGACGGCUAUUUAGACUUUGUGGAAUACAUCGCAGCUAUAAGUUUAUUGCUGAAGGGAGAAGUAAAUCAGAAAUUAAAGUGGUACUUCAAGCUUUUUGAUCAAGACGGAAAUGGGAAAAUUGACAAGGAUGAGCUGGAAACUAUAUUUAAGGCUAUUCAAGAUAUCACCAGAAGUUACGAGAUACCUCCAGAGACAAUUGUGACUCUUAUAUAUGAGAAAAUUGACGUCAAAGGAGAAGGUGAGUUGACGCUGGAAGAGUUCAUCAGCGGAGCGAGGGAGCAUCCUGACAUCAUGGAUAUGCUCACAAGAAUGAUGGAUCUCACACAAGUCUUGGAAAUUAUAGUCAAAGGUCAAAGGAGGAACGCCGUGAAUUGAGAUGUGAUUCCACAAACUGGAUUUUUGCUGAGUUGUGCAUUGUAAAUUAAAAAAACAAGACUGUCCUUGAAGGAUUUGGACUUAAUCUCUGCCAGCAACAAAUGAAGUGGCUGAUAUGUCACUUUUUACUCAGACUGUGCUUGCAGAGCUUUAUUUACGGUUUUGAUUUAGGAUCAAAACAUUUUUGCAAAAGAUGUUGCUUGUGACUGUUGGGGAAGUUUCGAGUCGUGGUUCCAGGUUGUGCAACUUAUGGAGUAAAUUCUAUGCAUUUUUAACUAGUCAGUUCAAAGCAAACAUCUUGAGAUCAAACUGAAUCUUGAACAGUUCUGCUGAAUUCAAAACCUUUUUCUGUUGGUUGUUGAAGUUAAAAAUACAAACAGUACCUACAGGUGCAGCAAGCCAUAAAGAAUGUUUUCUGUAUGUACAUGUUAUAUUAUGGAUGUUACAAUAUGUUGCCCCUAUUAAUAUGAAAGUGAUGCCUUUAUGAAUAGUAUAGUGUUUGUUUUAAAAUUUGUUUCACUUUUUGAAAGAUUUAUUUGUUAAAAUCAUUGUCAGAGAUGCAAUCCACAUGUGGAAGACAUUUAUUUAAACCUGCUAAAGCUAAAAUGACAUAACUGAGUGUCUUAUUUUAUUUUGGUUUACAGUAUUGCUACAUGUAAUUGUAAAUAUGAAACAAUAAAACAUUAGAAAUAGGCAUAAUUUUAAAUAGAAA